GUGAGUUGCAGACGGACAUAGUUCGCCGAAGAAAUUAUAUAAGCGUGCUGUCUACUUUAUUUCAUAUUAUGGCGCCGACGGACGGCUACUGGGGGAAAGUGACAUCAACUAUUGACUGGUGUGAAGAAAACUACGUUGUCAAUAGAUAUGUUGCUGAAUUUUGGAACACAAUCUCAAACAGCAUCAUGAUAUUUGCUCCAAUGUUUUCUGUUUACUUGGCUGUCAAGCAGAAUCUUGAAAAGCCUGUGAUCUGGUCCAACAUGAGUGUCAUUGUGGUUGGUGUUGGCUCGUGGGCCUUCCAUAUGACACUCCAAUAUAGUAUGCAACUUCUUGAUGAACUUCCAAUGAUCUGGGGAUCAGCAUUUCUAAUCUAUGGAAUUCUAAUGAUUGAAUCAAAAGAAGGCGAGAUAAACAAGCAGUUGCUAGCCUUUUUGUUCUGCUAUGCGGCUGUUGUGACUGCUGUCUACCUUAUAAAUAAAAAUCCAGUCUUUCAUGAGAUUGCAUACGGUCUUAUGGUAGCAACCAUGUUUUUUGCAUCUAUACGAAUACUGCUGAAGUAUAAGGUGAACUCACUUCUUUACCUGGUGUCUUCUGGGACAUACCUAUCCGGCUUUCUGUUGUGGAAUGUAGACAAUAUUUUUUGUCAUCAGUUGAGAUCUUUGAGGCGUGAGCAACUCCAUAGUGCAGCCACACCUUUGUUUGAAUGUCAUGCUUGGUGGCACAUUUUGGCUGGAACAGGCACCUACCUAUCUCUUGUCUUUGUAGCUCACACACGUUACUUUAUUCUGGGGAGAUCCCCGCAAUUGAAGUUUCUGUUUGGGUUCUGGCCUUAUGUGAGUGUACCACCAGCCAGCAAGAAGCUUAAACAAUGAGGAAGAUUUCUGCCUUAGGGAUGAGUCAUCAUAAUCUUUGUAUUGGCUGAACAAGUGUUGUCACUUAGGGCAAAAACCUGUGCUCUUUUUUAUUUUGUAUCUGCAUUAUGGAAAUAUGGACUGAGUAGUUUACUCAUUGUUGCAGGGGCAUUGAUUAUCAAAUUAUCAAAAUUGUAGAAACAUUUGAGUGCAUUUCUGGAAACUUACAGAACAAGUUUUUUUUAUUACUUGAAAUCCCGUGUGAAACUGUUACUUCUCUUUACCCCAAAAUAUUAAUAUUUAUCAAGACUAUUAGAAAUAUGCUCACAAAUAAUUGACCAGAAAUCAUCACUCGUGAGCUGUAUUCUUUGGGAAAUAUGUUCAGAUUUUCCAAACAAAGGGUAUUUUUUCAUUAUUGUAAAAGAAUUACUUAAACUAGAUGGUAAAAUAUAUGACUUUCUAUGAAUGUUUUCAAGGCCUGGAACAUUAAUAUAAGGCUACUUAAAAUCUCAGUUUUAGAGACCCAGGUAUUGAAUGCAUGACAUUUUUUGGAGGAAUCUAAUAUCACCUUAUUGGGUGCUGGAUAAAUGCUCCAUUUUAUAUAUGGUGUUGUGUUGAUGUACAUGAAUGUAUUCAUAUGUGCAGUGGAGAUAACAUCACAUAUCAAAAAUAAUGUGAUAGCCAAGCCAGAGCAAUCAGAUAUAUGACUUGUUGAUGAGAUAUCUUUGCCUAGUAUAUUUUAUCUUGUGAUAUGCAUAAGAGUUGACAGCAGAAGGAUCUACAGUGUGGAAGACAUGUCUGAGGUAUGUUGGAAAUAGCAUUUAUAAUAUUGUGAGGAUGUGGUCCAAUAUUGAUCAUGAUGAGCAAACACGUUAUGAAAGAAUGCUUGGAAAUGGUUGUAUGUAGUUCUGUUGAUGGGAGUCAACAAGCCUUAUUUUGUAAUCAAGCUAAGUGAAUGACAAAUGAAUUGUUUUAUUUCUCUAGAGAUCAUUGGGUUGUCCAUUUCAUUGAUUUGUAUUACUGAUUGAACUUCCUGAAUGGAGAGGGGAUCAAUAGUUCUUUAAGUGAUAAAAACACAUGGAUUGUUAUACGUGUUUUGUCCACUUAGCUAGCAGAUAGGGAAGAAUUUGUUAUGUUGCUUAGAGCCUUUUAUUAGGAAGCCUUAUCUUCUGUGCAGAUAUUUGAAGACUAGACCUAUUUUGAACUGUGACUCAUAACUAGAUUGAUGUGAUGCAUUAAAUGUAUUGAAGUGAUUACUAGAAUAAAAAUGUUUUGUACUUAAGAGAAAUUUACUUGUGCUUAAAAUAAGCAAUAUGGCAGUAUAAACUUUUUUUAAAACUGUCAAAGAUUUCAGCAUAUUUACCAUAUGCAUGCAUUUGAUCUUUAGCACAUUGAGAGGGAGGUACAUUCAGCAAAGGUUGGAUAGCAGGAAAACAUUAGUGAUUUUUUUUUUC